AUGUAUGGUCAAAAUAUUGAUCGCCUUAAUGUAUAUGUACAGUCUGGGCCGUCAUUGCUAACAUCUCUCAUCUGGUACAAACAAGGUAACCAGGGCAAUCAAUGGAUGGAAGGUAAUAUUACCAUCAAAGCGGCAAAACCAUUUAUGAUAAUACUGGAAGGAAUAAGGGGAUAUGGUUAUCGUGGUGAUAUAGCAGUAGAUGAUGUAGAACUUACGGAAGGGUCGUGUGGAAGUCAGCUUACAGGUGUACCUACAACUUUUAUUAGUGUCUCUAAGAGUGCUGACAAAGCGAUUCUUGGGAAUAACACAUUUGCUUUCUCCUGCGAUUACAUUAUUCCACUGCAAGCUCAUCUGUUUGCAGUAGAGUUACAGCGAAGAAGGAAAGAUGAUUCUAAUUUCAUUACUAUAGUGACAUUCCAAAAUCAGUCGAAUCAAAUUAAUGUAACUUAUCAAGACACAUCAUUGGAAUCCAGGACUGAAGGAAUACAACCAACAACAGAGAACAAUUCUACUGCAGGUCUCGAGUUCAGGAAUAUAGAAUGUUCUGAUAAGGCUGAAUAUAAAUGUAAAGUGUACUAUUCUGACGGAACGAACACUAGCAUUGAGAAUACCACUGAAGUAGUUGUACAAGCUUCAGCACAGACUAUGUUUUCGCAAAAAGGUCGAAUUACAUACUUCCCAAACACAAAUAUAACAGAGGGCGAUGAAGUCGUCUUCACCUGUGAGGGAGAUGUAGGCAGUGAGCCAGAAGGGCAUAUUGCUUGGUUCUAUUACCUUGAUAACGAUACCACAAAUGCUGUCGAUGCAACGUCUAAUGCGUCGUCAACAGCUCCAGUAUACCAGGAAAACACGUGCACUUAUACACGUACCUCUAUGUUACGAUUAAACAUGACGGAGGACAUCAAUAAUGUUACGGUGAGGUGCACGGCGCAACAAAACGUUUUAAACCAGUCUGGCGAUGGCUAUGUUCAAACUAAUAAGAUUCCUGUCCAGUUGUUAUAUUCACCAAAGAUCGACCUCAUAGCCAAUGAAACAUAUACAGAAGGACAGGGAACUUUGACCCUUCGUUGUACUGCAGACUCUUAUCCCGCACCUGACUAUGUUUGGCUUCUACCGGAUGGAUCAGAGAGUCUCGGAUCUAAUUUGGAACUCACGAAUCUUACCGUUGGAAGCUCGGGAUUAUACAUGUGUAUUGCACACAAUUUUUUCAAAGGUGAAAACCAUACAACAAACACAACAACUUAUGUACGCGUUGAAAAAGCUCCAACACCGAUAACAGAGGUCAUCACUACCACACCUUCUUUGAUUCAAACAACAUCUGCUAAAGCUUAUUACACUCUGAAGGGAGCUAUACAUGUGGUAUGCACUAACUAUCACUGGUAUAUUACGGUGGAAAUGGACAAAAUACGGCACAUUUACCCAACAGCAAGGGCAUCUGAUAUAUACCUUGGAGAGAAUAAAUGUAAAGGUGUGCAAAAUGGUGACCUUCUAAUAUUUCAACAUGACCUUUCCGAAUGCUUAACAAGUGAACUGCUUGUCAACGGAAUUGAAGUGUAUAACAACGAAUUGAUUUAUGCGGAACACGAUCCUGUUUACCUGUUUAUAGUGCUUCACUAUAACUGGACAGUUGGAGUAGAAUGUGACAUAAGACAGAACGGAACUGCUAUAGGACGUAAAACAAUGAGUCUAUCCACAGCAGCCCAUUCUAAGACUGGGACAUCAGAGUCAUCAGUGAGUCAAGUCAGCUGUAGCUUUGAUUCGGGACUUUGUAAUUGGACGCAGGAUCAGACAGAUACAUUUGAUUGGACACGACAAAAGGGUUCAGCCCCCUCUGCUUAUACUGGGCCUGUCGGAGAUCAUUCAGGAGCUGGAUACUAUGUAUAUAUAGAAGCAUCUUAUCCACGCGUGGCAGGCAAUAAAGCACGCUUGAUUAGCCCAGAGAUAUCACCAAAUCAGCAAGGACAGAAUUGUUUCACCUUCUGGUAUAACAUGUAUGGUAGUAAUAUGGGACGACUUAAUGUAUAUGUGCAGUCUGGACCGUCAACAUCUCUCUUGUGGCACAAAAAAGGUAACCAGGGCAUUCUAUGGAAGGAAGGUAUUAUCAGCAUCGAAGCAGCAAAACCAUUUAUGAUAAUACUGGAAGGAAUACGGGGAAAUGGUUAUGCUGGUGAUAUAGCAGUAGAUGAUAUCAAACUUACGGAAGGGUCGUGUGAAAAGCAGAUCAUAGGAUAAAAGAUACAUAGCAUUUUUUGUAUAGACAGAAGUGUGAUUAUAUACAUUAUAUACAGUAAUGUAUUAGUAA